CUAGUGAAGAAGACGAGGAAGAUACCACGGAUAAUAACGAAACAUCACACUGAAGGAGGUAGAGUAGGCGUGGCUAUCAUGCCGAAUCUCGCUGAGCGCCGUAAGAUGAAAAAACACCAAUACUUCACCACUCCUCCACAAGUCUACAAUAUUUACUGCACCGAAUCACUUCCUGUACAGCAGGUUCCCAUCCUAGUUGAAAACUUGUCGAAAUCCAUUCCGCAACUCAGCUUACCAGUUUAUUCACCGACGAAAUUAUCGCGAACCCCUCGAAGCAGCGCGGGACUUUUUCGAAGAAAUCGUAACCCGAGGGAAAAUCGAUUAGCUGACUCCUACUUGCCUUAUUUCCCAGAAGAGUAUCACCGCAAACAGAUUGCAAAGCAAGUCAAGCUAGCCCAAAGUCUGGAAUAUAAGUUGUGUAACUCAUAGGUGACGUUGAAUUAUUACGCUCUUUCAGUUUAAACGCCAAUCAAUACAAGAUCCAGUCAUCUGAAUCGCAGAACCAGAACAACAACAAUCAAAUCGAAAAUAACCAGCAUCAAAUUUCUGGCUCCGAGUAUAGACAGAAUUUUUUAACACCUCACGGUUGUACGGACGCUGAUUUUCGAAUCAACUGUGAUGGAAAGCCAAUCCAUUUAAUCGAUCAUGUUCAAGACGAAGGUCCAUUUCAGGACUUUAAGAAUGAUCUGAAAAAUGCGAAUAUGGAUUCCAACUCUCGGUUACAAAGUCAAAUUUCUGUUAAUUCGACUACAGAUCCACUAAAAAUAAACAAGAAAAAGAAGAAGAGACUCUCAUUUUUAGUUGACAUUGUGAGGAGGAUAAGACGUAACAGCUCUCUGCAACCCACCGUCAGUGUGUAUCCAACAUCACAAAUCUCUGUCAGUGCAAAUGUAGAAGCUAAAGAAUCCACCAAUUUGAAGGAAUGUCUAGAAAAUUCAGCUGCCGCUGUAACAGACUCUGCAAGAGAAGAACAAGAGUCAAACAGAAGAAUGGUUUAUAGUGCUCAGGAAAUAUUAAGUCCCAGACAGCUAAUUUCAUCGACAACGAAUAUGUGUUCUAUUAGGAAAGAUGAACAGCGCACAGAUGAAACAAAAUCUAAGGAUAAAAUAACUAAUUGUACAGUUGAAGAGAAAACGUCACUACCAGUCAAUAAAAGUUUCAAUAGUACGCCGAGCUUUGACGAAGUUUUGGCCAAGCUUGAAGAAACUUUGCUAAGGUAUCGAUUUGAGACGGACGUUGAUUGCAAGCUCUUUACAGAUAUGAUAGUAAAACAAUUGAAGCAACACAGCACAAAGUUGAGUUUUAAUGACCAAAUUAUAGCUGAAAUGGUGAAAAGAGAGGAAGAGAAAGAGGAUUCCAAUAUUGUCGGAGAAUCAAGUGAGCGGGAAUUAUCUUCUGUCAAACCGAGCACAAGGGAAAAAGUUCCCCAUCUUAAAUUAGAUCAACGUGAUAAGAGUCAGAAUCUGUUGGAAUUACAUACCGUGAAUGCAAGAUCCCACGUGGCCGAAGCCAUGUAUGGGUCAGCAGCUUCUUCCGCAUCAAACAUCUGCAAAAACUGCAAAUGUGCAAGACAGAAAGAAAAUUCGUCCUUCAGGAAUGAAGAAUUUGUCCAAAAUACAAUGAAAGAAAACGACGUCGACAGUUGCAGUCGCAAAACAUUCUACGAGCGUGAAUUCUUGGACCACAGCCGCUAUUUAGGGUCCGAAGCAGGUACAUCUUCCAGAAGCUUGAAAAGCACCACUUGGUUUGAUGGGAAUUUGGAGGGUUUUGUGGGCCGGGAUUCACCUACCCGUCAAUGCUCAAAUCGAGAACAUUCGCCGCCAGAGAGAGACCUUUCUGCUAGGCUGUCAUUCGAGGCUAACACGAGUCGUUGCAGCUUCAUGAGCCCGUCAUUCCGAGGAGUUGAUCACGUUUAUCACGACCAAGACAUAGAGCAAUGUUUGUAUCCACAUGCAAAUCUCGCUUGUUGUGGCCUUGUCAUGUACGGACAAAAUGGAUCCACACUAAGUUUGGCCCAGGGACAAUACUGUCACAGGACAAUUCCAGUCUGUGGCACCGUCAGCCAGGGAAUCUCACCUAGAUACGAACCAAAUUUACUUCAAUCAACUCCAUAUCAGGAACGAGAUCCAUGCUCUCUACAGCGCAAUCGUCACAGGAGGAAAAGUAAAUGUAAUUGCUGCAAUCGGUUGCAGAGUACUGAGAGAGUAAAUAGAAGACACCAGCAUCACAUUUGUAAAGCCGAAAGGAGAAGCGAGCCGGAAACAAUUCGUGAAAACAGAACGGAUGCGGGAAUUUCACCACCUCCGGUCCUGAGGAACUUCGCUAAAGCGGCGAACACCGUUUUGGCCACAAUAUUUCGACGCUCCACUAAUCGCGAGCCCCACCUACAGGCGCAGUCUUCAGUCCACCUUGUUGGCCUAGACGGCGUGACUGUUUUUCCACAUGACGAACUUAGCAUUAGGUUUACAAAAGUCUCAAGUUCGGAUCAGACGCGUGGCGAGUGA